UUGACUCGCACUGGCAUAACAUUCGUAUAAAUAAAAUAGAUGCGCAACUGCUAUAAGAUAAAUAACUAUUUAUUUUUAUUUAAUUACUUAGGGUGCUUGAAUCGAGCACUACAAGUGAGCCGUCUCGAUAUUUUUUUAGUGAGCUGCUAUUAUUAUUGUGAUAUUUUACUAAACUAGUUACUUAAAGAUGAUAUUUGGAUCAAUUAUAGUGGCUAUUAUAGUGGUAUUUUUGCUUCAAAAUCAACGGUACAGAUGGUUUUACAUUUUAUACAAAACACUACCAAGAGAUAUCACAGCUGGUAUAAGAUUUUUUAGGGUAACAAGACAAGUUUCAAACUGGAUUAAACAAAACGAUACUGUACCCUCAGUAUUUACAAAAGUAGUAAGAGAACAUCCUAACAAGGUGAUUUUUUAUUAUGAAGAUAAACAAUGGACUUUUCAGCAGCUAGAAGAAUUCAGCAACCAAAUAGCACAUUAUUUUCAAUCAAAAGGAUAUAAAAAGGGAGAUUCUGUAGGUCUUUUAAUGGAAAAUCGUCCAGAAUAUAUAGGCAUAUGGCUCGGAUUGUCAAAAAUUGGAGUUAUCACUGCUUUAAUUAAUGUCAAUUUGACUGGUGAUUUUCUGGUGCAUUCAAUAACAGUAGCUCAUAACAAAGCAUUAAUUUAUUCAUCAGAUUUAAUAAAAUCUGUGGCAGAAAUCACUGAAAAAAUCCCAGAAUUAGCAAUUUACCAAUUUGAUGCUGAAAGUGAGUUACUUACCCGAUCAGUAAAUUUAAGCGAAGAAAUGUCCCGUCAACCAACUUCAUCGCCAAAAGAGUUAAAUUCGAUAAUGCCUCAAGAUAAAUUAAUUUAUAUUUACACUUCUGGCACAACUGGGCUACCUAAGGCAGCCAUAAUUGCAAAUACAAGAUACCUAUAUUCUGCUGCGGGUAUUCAUUAUCUUUCAAACCUAUCAUCAAAUGAUAUUUAUUACAAUCCGUUGCCUUUAUACCAUAGUGCUGCUGGGAUGUUAGCUAUAGGACAAGCUAUUCUUUUUGGGUUAACAGUGGCCUUAAGAAAAAAAUUCUCAGCUUCCAACUAUUGGAGUGAUUGCCAAAAAUAUGGAUGUACAGUUUCUAAUUACAUUGGAGAAAUCUGCAGAUACCUUUUGGCCAGUCAUAAACCCAAUACUAUAGUAACCCAUCCAGUAAAAAAAAUGAUUGGAAAUGGAUUAAGGCCGCAAAUCUGGAAUAAGUUUAUGGAGACUUUUCAUAUCGAUAAUAUAUAUGAGUUCUAUGGCUCGACUGAAGGAAACUCUAAUUUAAUAAACCUAGACAAUACUGUAGGCGCCGUAGGUUUCGUACCUCGCUACGCAGAUUUUAUUUACAAGGUGAUUCUUAUUCAAUGUGAUACAAAUACAGGAGAACCAAUAAGAAAUGAAAAAGGCCUGUGUAUUCCUUGUGCUCCCAAUCAAGCGGGAAUUUUAGUUGGCCAAAUAAAUAAAAACCGGACACAUACUGAAUUUGCCGGGUACCAAGAUCCGAGUGCUACAAAAAAGAAACUUUUGGAAAACGUCUUUGUGCAAGGUGACUUAUAUUUCAAUUCCGGAGAUAUUCUGGUGCAAGACGAGUUGGGAUACUAUUACUUCAAGGACAGAACAGGAGAUACCUAUAGAUGGAAAGGAGAGAAUAUCUCUACAAACGAAGUAGAAGCUGUGAUAAGCAACGUACUUAAGUUGAAAGAUGCAAUUGUCUAUGGAGUAAAAGUUCCUCAUACAGAAGGGCGUGCUGGUAUGGUAGCUAUAGUAGACAUCGAUAACUCGCUGGACCGAACAAAGCUAGCUAAAAUGCUUAAGCAAAAGUUACCUUCGUAUGCCAUUCCAAUCUUUUUAAGAGUUAUGGAUACAAUACCAAUGACGGGUACAUUUAAGUUGAAAAAGGUUGAUCUGCAAAAAGAUGGUUUUGAUUAUGAUAAAAUUACUGAUCACAAAUUAUUCUUUUUAAAAGGGGACGAGUACGUUCCUUUGACCAAAGAAAUCUAUGAUGAUAUUAUGCAUCAAAGAUUAAAACUGUAAUAAAUAUUGCAUAUUAAUAGUACUGUAAUUUAUAAUAUAUUAAUAGAAAUAAAAUAUCGAAAAUAGAAAUAAAAUCGGAAAUAAUUUGUUUAAGUUAAAAUAUAUUAACAUAUUCUGUUAAAAUCGGAGGACAUAUUUUUCAAGACCGCGAAGAAAGAAAAGAAAGCGAAAUUUAACUUUGGCGCCAUAAUAAAAUUUCGUCUCGCCAUUAUAACGUCACAAUUUUAUUUUCUUUUCCUGUGAGUACUUCUCCUCGACAUUCAGAGGGCGCAACAUUCAUCGACGUUUUAGUGUUCUAUUGACUCUUAUGAAAGUUUCCUAUUUAAGUAGUAUUAAUCCAUGAUCAAAACAUAAAAAUCCCUCAAAUUGUUAAUAGUUGUCAAUACUAUUGCUUUCUUCUGUAUAAUUUUUAUCGUAAUAUUAAUACAAUUAAUAUAAUUAAGUUAUUUGUUAGACUAACGAUAUUUUACAGUUUAAAAUAUGUAAAUCACAUUUUAAGAAACAUUAACAAGGUGAAAAAAACAAAUAAAAAAAUAAGAAUAUUGAACCAUUUAUAAUUUGAAGAGUCUGCGGAAGAAAAGCGAAAUGUCAAAUUUUUAUUAUUUUUUAGCUAAACACCGCAACGUGUAGGUUAUUAAGAGUAUAUUUGUAUGGCGCAUACAGAGAGGGAAAAACGCGAAGCAUCACAGCUUAAGCUCCAUGAGAAAAUUUUCAUACAGCGAAGAAACGCGAAGUAUCCAUGAGUAAAUUCGAGAAAGGCAAAAUGUUCAUAUUAUCAACAAAAAGAGGCAUGCAUGCAGCUUUGAUUCUCCUCUUUAAAACGUUUAGUUUACGAUUUAGCUUCAUGGUAUUAUUUGCGUUGUUUUUUAAAUAAAGCAUACUGAAACACAAGUGAUACGUUGUAAAUAAUGCCGGACAGUGAAUGUGAUGAUGUGUAUUCUCGUUAAACAACAUUUAAGAAAAGAAAAGUAACAGGCAGAACUAGUGAAGUAAUGAAGAGAAUUAGACAACAGAGUCAUGAAACAGGUGAGGAUUAUGGUUGCAAACGACUACGGUUUGGUUUAUAAUGAGCAAAAUAAUUACUUGGCAGGACUUAUCACUUUAAUGCCCGUACAACGAAGAACAACUGCAAAUGAAGCUACAGCUAAAUUGCAUUAUGCAAAUAUACUCUUUCAGAGUAAGAAUAGAGACUGAAAAUGGAACUACCGACAUUGAAGUUUGCUUCAAAGCGAUCCUCAUUAUUCAUGGAAUCGGCCGAAAAAGACUUGAAAAUAUUCAAAAAAGUUUGAAAACCUCUGGAAUGCGUCCAACAGAUAAGCGGGGAAAAAAAAGGAAGAAACAUGCAUUGACGCAAGGGCUAAAUAAAAUUCUUGAACAUAUAUUGAUAAAAGUUGGCAAAAGUAUAGAAAAACUAGAUCGGACGCUGAACACUUACUCUUUAAAAAUAUUCGUAACCAGACAUUAUCUGCCACUAGAGCUGCAAAAAAGAGAUAUAUUAUAAAUACUUCUCAAUUAAACAAUACAGCUAAACUCUGGAAAACUCUUCAAGCUUUAAAUGUUCGCUCACAAAAAAACACAUUAUACCAAGUAAUCUCUCAAAUCCUAAUGAAAUUAAUAGUUGUUUUACAUCCUUUUUGCAAUCCAUAUCAAAUCCUUCAAAUAAUCAAAUUUUAUAUUAUAACACCCAUAUAUUCAACCCAGAAAUAAACUUCAAAUUUUCUUUAGCUACAAUAGAUGAAAUACACUCCGCUCUACAUAACAUCCGAACUAACGCUGUUGGUAUAGAUCAAAUUAAUGCAAAAAAUGCUAAAAAUAUGUAGCCCUUUAAUAGAUCAUAUAAUUUUACACAUUAAUAACACGGCCAUAGAGAAGAAACAAGUCCCAACAAUCUGGAAACUGCUCUGGGAAUCCCACUACCAAAGAAUAGUCAGCCCUCCCAUUUUUCUCAGUUAAGGAUCAUAAGUAUUCUUCCCACCCUAUCAAAAAUUUUUGAGCGAAUCCUUUAUAACCAAAUAUUCACUUAUUUCACUGUUAAUAAAAUCCUGCCUGAUAAUCAAUGUGGAUUUCGAGAGAAUUUUAGUACAGUAUCUGCUUUAGCAUCUGUGCUUGAUGAUAUAUUCAGGGCCUGCGAUGAAGGCUACAUAAAUAUUUUGGUACUUCUAGACUUCUCCAAGGCCUUUGAUACUCUGGAUCACUGUCUCCUAUUAGCUAAGCUAAAAUAUUAUGGGUUCGACGCGGACUCUGUUCAAUUAACUAAUUCAUUUCCAAGCAAACGGUCGCAAAAGGUGGUCUAUAACAAUAUUACGUCAAAUGCAUUGGAUGUUCUGUCGGGUGUGCCACAAGGAGCUAUUUUAUCACCCCUCCUAUUUAUUAUUUACACUAUUGAUAUAAUUCUCGUACCUAAAUACUGUAAAAUACAAGCAUACGCGGAUGACACACAAAUCUAUGUCUCUUUUGAUUAUAACAAAUCGCAAGAAAUGGCCGAUAAAAUAAACGCUGAUCUUCAGGUAAUUAAAGAAUUAUCUGCUGAACAUAACCUAAACUUAAAUUCUGACAAAACUAAACUAUUAUGUAUUGGCAGCAAAAUCAAAAGAAACUCUAUUAAAAACAACUUAAAAUUAAAAAUAAAUGAUACUACAUUAAAAUUUGUAUCCAGCGCAAAAAAUCUUGUCUUAACUAUCGACGAAGAUCUCAGAUUUAGUGCACACGUUCAGAAUAUAACAAGAAAAAGCUUCUGUGCAUCGAAAUUAUUAUAUAAUAAUCGGCACAUUCUUAACUACUCGUUGAAAAAAAGUUUAUGCGACACAUUAGUACUCUCACAUUUCAACUAUGGUGACUUUAUAUACGGUAUGUUUUACAGCUCUCGAUAAACAAAAAAUACAAAGGAUACAGAACGCAUGCUGUCGAUUGAUAUACGGCAUCAGGAAGCAUGACCAUAUUACUCAUAAAAUUGUAGAAUCUAACUGGCUAAAUAUGGAAAGCCGUAGAAAACUACAUCUUUCAAAUUUUGUGCAUAAACUUCUCAAUACCACUAACACCUCGAAUACUGUUAAAAAUAAAUUUCUACCAAGGAAAAGCAUGCAUGGACAAAAUAUUAGAAAUAAAAACAAAUUCUCCAUCCAGUUACAUAAAACAUCAAUGUAUAAAACAUCCUUUUCAUAUAAUGCAAUCACCUUAUAUACUUCCAUACCUGAUAAUUUUAAAAUAUUUAAUAUUAACAAAUUUAAAUACAAAAUGCGUUUGUUUUUAUUUAAUCAACAAACUCCCCAUGAAUAAGAAAUGAUUUCUUUUUCUUUCUUACUAAAGACAAAAAGACACUUAAAAUGAGCAUGUUGAGGCAAUACUUAAUAAAAAAAAAAUAAAAGAGUAAGUAAAAAGAAUGGGAGAAUAACCAGGAAAAGUGUAUCUGACUUGUGUAAUAAACCAACCUUAUAAUAUAUUUGAAGAAUUUAUAAACAGGUACUGGCAUUGUAUGCUGAACUGGACUAGGCUUUGAAAUUAUUUCAAAAUAUAACUAUCUACUUUUUAAAGAAAAUCUCUACCUGCUACUGGAUAAGGCUAUAAUACGGUCUUUUGUAUCGCACAGUUUGUCGUUGUGUAUAAUAAUUCUUUAAGUAACUUUUCUUUUCUUUCUACAAUGUGUGCGUACAUUUAAAGAGCUAUUCGCUAAUAAGUUGCGUGAUAUUGUUUUAUUUUCACUUCAAAGGGAUUAGGUAGGUUAAGUAAGAGUAGCCACAUGGCUAGACUUCGCCUCUCUUAUAUCCCUAUAGAAAUGUCUGUAUGAUAAUCACAACUGCAAAUUAUUUGUAAAUAAAAGACGUUUAUUAUUA